UAACCAUCGAGGAGCGAGAUUUCUGCGAUUUCUCAGCUGAAUUGUUGUUUGCAGCACAAUCCACCAUCAUCUGUGCUUGUUCCUUGGCAUCCUUCCACAAUGGAGGUGGAAUACAGCAUAGGAGUGAAUAAUCGCUUCUUAGCGUUAGGACUGGAUGAUGAAGAUCCCGAGGAGACCUUGCUAAAGCAGGAGAAAAAGGAGGAGCCGUCCAAGAAGGAGAAGGCGAAAAAACAAGACAAGAAAGCUGCAAAACAGCCAGUCAAAGAAACGAAGCCUGCCGCAGGGAGAAAGGACAAUGUAAACGAAGAGCCCAAGAAGGAAGAAAGAACAGAUAGCAGGCGAGGUGGUCGCGGUAAAAGCGAUGUGAGGAGAGAAAACGAUAAAAACACUCGUUUGACAAACGGUCCGAGCGAGAGAAGAGACCGUGAUGACAACACUCCAAGAGAGAGGCGAGGCGGUGGAUUCGGCGGCGGAUUCCGUAGAAGAGAUGGUCCUCAGGGUGAUACCGACUCUCCUGAUAAAGAGGGAGCUGAAAGGGAAAGAGGAGUCUUCGAAAGAGGAAGAGGCGGCCGUGGAUCGCGGGGUGGAGGUGGAAGAGGUCGUGGUGGAUUCGGUCCUCGUGGUGGCGGCGGUUUUGGCAGGAAGCGAGAGUUCGAAAGAAGAAGUGGAAGCGACCGCUCGGGCCCCCGACUGGACAAAUCAAGUCGCGGGGACAGAAGUUCUGUGAAGCCUCAAGAAAAACGUGAUGGAGGUGGCCAGUUCAAUUGGGGAAGUCCAACAGAAGGUGCAAGCGAAGAAACUGAUGUUUUUCCUCAGACUGAAGUAGCAGAUUGGGCUGAGGCUUCUCCUGACCCAGAUGCUGUGAAAGAGACUACUGAAGAGGCUCAAGGAGAAGAUAAGGAAAAUGAAGAAAGUAAGGCAGAAGAGGCUCCAAAGGAAAUGAGCUUAGAGGAGUGGAAGGAGUUGCAAGAAAAGGAAAGAGCAAAGGCAACUUUUGAACUGCGCAAAGCUGGUGAAGGAGAGAAAAAAGGAAUGUGGAAAGAUACUAAAGUUCUUAAAAAACCUGUUGAGGAAGAGGGAGAAUAUGGAGCCAGAAGAGUCAUUGAAGUCAAAGAAAAGACAUCUGGUCGUGUCAAGCAAACAGUUGACAUACCUUUUGAUUUUAAAAUGAAUAAUGAACCAAGAAGAGGAGGCCGGGGUGGCAAUCGUGGAGGAAGAGGUGAUAGAGGGGGUCGUGGUGGCCGCGGAGGAAGAGGAAGAGGAGGUGGAGGACGUGGUGGGUUUGGUAGUCGUGGAGAUUCCAAUGAAAGUGGUACAAACUUUGCAUUGAAUAAUGAAGAAUUUCCUACUCUUGGCUAACAAGCUUUCUGUGGAUACCCACUUGUUCCUUAAAGACUUGAAUGCUGCACACUAAAAAGGAACAAGGAAAUUAAUAUGCUUGAUGUACUUGACUAAAGAGAAGACAGUUUCUCAGACUUUAUAAGUAGUUACCUCUCUAUCAACAGAGGUCUUGAAAAAAGACAAUCUUAUUAAAUAAUGAAGUGCCGUUAGAAGAAGCACCUGAAAAGUCUAAGGAUACAGCUCAUUAUACUGCUCAGUAAUAUUGGACAAUGUCUCCAUCUUAGCAGGUUAUUUCAGACUUCCUAAUUUAAAAUGUCACAAAAGAGAUAAUGUGAUGUGUGUUGAAAGAAAAAGAAAUAAUUCUAUCCCUUCAUCUUAUUCCAUGCAUUAACUUAUGCUCCAGUUUUCUUGCUAAAUAGUGUCGAUACCUUUAACUGGUAAAGUAUGUGAAGGUCUUCAUGUAUUUGGAAUGGAAAAAAUUGUUUAAACUAGAGUAAAACUGAGCACCUGAUAGUGCAAAUAUACUACUUUUAGGUUAUUUGAAUAUCUUAUCUGGAGUAUCUUAGUUUUAUUUUCUGUUGUUUUCAUAAUUUAUUGAAUUGCCACUCUUUCUAUUUUGUGAUGGUUAUGCCAAGGAUUUAAAUUCAGUGAUUUUUUUUCUGUACAAUUUGUAGGUUCAUGUAUGAGUGCAGAUCUCUUUUAAUCUCUUACUUUGAUGAAUAAUAAAAUAAACCCCCACUGCUGCUGCUGUUGUAAGGGUGUUAUAAAAAUUGGGAAGAAAACAUGUGGGUCAUUUUAUUUCACUUUCAUUAUAAAAAGUACAACAGGGGCUUUGAAAACGUGUAUAAUAUGAUAAUGAUGUACACUUAAAACAUCCCUUACUGUCUGAUCACAUAUUUCAUUGACCCCAGCUUUUCUUGCUAUUAUUUGUUGGUUUUCUCUCAGGAUUUGAAUCAUGGAUUGUUAUUUGAUACCAUCAGUUAACUCUGUAAACCAAAUUAAAACUAAUUCAAUAUCAUUUAGUUAUGGCAUAACCUUCCUAGUUAUGGAGCUUUUUGGUUGUCCAACCACAAAACUUAAAGCCAGCCAUAGUAAGGGAGAAUGACUGAACACUUUACUGUGACACCAACAAGAUGUUCACAAAUUACAUAAGCAAAGAAUUAUACUCGCGGUUCCUGGGUUACCACCAAAUGUGCACUGUUUUGGGGAAUUUUUCAUUUUCUUGCAUUAUUGAAACAUGAUGAGAAAUAAAAUAUGUCAUGGUCAAGUUCA